AUGAAAUUAGCUGCUAAAUUCACCAUAUCUUAGAAUACCUUACCUUUAACUGAUUGCUCUUCAGCUAUCUUGUUUUUAAAGUAGGUGCUUCAAAACCAAAAACAAUUUGACAAAACCCUUAUCCACCAAUCUCUUAAUGAAAAUCAGAAUAAAAUUAUUACCAUGUUCAAAUAAGAUUCCUAUUCAUUAGUCUAAUUCGUCAAAUAUGCUCAAUCUAUCACUCAAGAUCCCCUUGAUUCUUACUAAAAUUACUUAAAUAAAGUUGUUUAGAAGAGAUUUCCUACAAAACCUUUUUUACUUCAAUGUCUUUAAUUGAACUCUUCAUGUGAUCUCAAUACACUCCUUACUAUGCCAAAUUCUGCUAUUGAUACAUUACCACAUUCUGUACUCAAUAAAAUUAUCACUACACAAGAACUAGAUUAUAAAGAAUCCACUACUAUAUUACACUUUUUACACAACAAAAAACUAUUAAAAUAAAUGCUUCAAUGCAAUUGGGUUUAAAAUUACAUUUAACUAUCUAAAUAUGGAUUACAUGAUUAUAAUCUUAAAAAUCUAGCACUAUUAAGUCGAAUUUAUGCUGAUGUAGGCAUUAAUUAUUUAAAACAAGUUGCCUAAUCAGUAGAAAAGAUGGACUUAUAAUCCAAUCAAUCUAAUCAGUUAUCACUUAUUACUCUCUAUUAAAAUUUAAGUUUACUUAGAAACAAAUAAGAAUUACUAAGAAAAAUAGCCGACCUUAUUAUCCUUAAUGAUAAAGUUGAAUUAAAAGAUUUAAUGUAAUUACUCAUAGGAGUUUCUCAAUCCAAAGAUUAACUCCUAGCUUAGAGACUCUUCUUCGUCUUAAAAAAAAUGACUAUUAAUCAUGAAAACCUUUCAUUAUUUUAUUUAUGUGGAACAUAUUUCAAACUUAUUGAAACUACUCGUAUAGAAGAGGAAUUUUAGUAAGGAUAAUUGUUUAAAAUUCUUUAAAUGAUGACUCCUAAAUAAAUUGGGGAAUUUAGUGUCAAUCUAUUUCGAAAUUAUUAAAUUAACUUAAGUGAAUUUAUAUCUAAUAAUCAACACAUUAUUCAUCCUCAAAAUAUUGUGAAUUUGGUAUCUAUCAAUAAUAAAAAUCUCCUAUAGUUAGAUUCUUUGAUUUCAGAAUAUUUAUAAAAAAAACUUAUUGAUAUCCCAGGCCUAAUGAAAUUAGCAACAUAUUAAUAAUUCUAAUAACUUAUCUCUAAUUUCAUUCUAGAUUAUCAAUAUUAUGAUAUAGCUUAUAAUGUUAAGGAAUUAGCUGCUAUUUUAUUAUAAAUUGACAAAUAUUUAUCUAAUCUUGGAAAAUUAGUUUAAUUAAGUCUUUAAGCAGUUAAUAAUGAUAUGUCAAGUGCUUAAGGUUUGGCCAACAUUCUAUAUUUGGCUUCUAAAAAAGAUAAAAGUUCAGAUAUUACAUUAUCUGUAAAUUUAAUCAAAAAGAUUAUAGAUGAUUGUGACCCUAUUGAAUUAAUAAACUUUCUUAGAGUUAUUGAAAAAAAUCGUUAGCUCUAUGACUAACUCAAAAUUACAAUAAUCAAUCAAAUCAACAAAAAGGUUGACUCCAAAAACAGAGAUAGAGUAGAAAAGCAUAUUCAAAAAUUACCUAAGUUUAUGCAUUUCUAAUUACAAUGAAAG